UUCAACGCAUCAACCCGUUAAACCUGACUAUCACCUGAACCCAUUUUACAUUAUUAUUUCUUUUUUGUUUUUUCAUUCUUUUAGAACAAAACUAGCCGUUGUAGUCUACUCAAACCCUCCCAUAUCACUCCCCCCUCCCUACUUCACACUUUCUUCCUUCUCCCAUGAAACCUUCCUUCUGUCUCUGUCUCUCUCUUUCUCUCUCCUCUCUUCUCUACUAACAACAACAGAAGAGAAGACAAAUCCAAUUUAAUUUUGUUGGAUUUUGCUCUAGAUUUCAUCAUUUAUUUUCCAUUUUUAUUUUUCAUUCUUUUUUUGGCAUUGAUUGUGCAUUUUUCUUUGCAUUUUGAGUAAUGGGUGACCGAAAAAACAAAGGGUUACCCUUAAAUUUGCUACAAUUUUUCAUACUGUACUCAAUUUUUCAUCUACUAUGCAUUUCCCCUGAAUCUGUAACAGGACAAGAAAACGAUGGAGUGACAAUAAUCACCGUCAAUGAUUUCCAAGCCCUUCAAGCCUUCAAGCGGGAGCUUAUCGAUCUUCGUGGCACACUUAAGAGCUGGAAUGGGACAAGAAAUGGAGCUUGUUCAGGUAGCUGGGCAGGGAUCAGGUGUAUGAAAGGACAAGUGGUAGCAAUUCAACUCCCAUUUAAGGUUUUAGGAGGGAGACUUUCUGACAAAAUUGGUCAGUUUAAACAGCUUAGGAAGCUUAGUCUUCAUGAUAAUCUUAUUGGGGGUACUAUCCCUUCAUCUAUAGGGUCACUCCCUAAUCUUAGAGGUCUUUAUUUGUUCAGUAAUCGAUUUUCUGGGACUAUCCCUGCUUCAAUUGGUAACUCCCCUCAAAUUCAAGCCAUUGAUCUUAGUAAUAAUCAGCUUAAUGGGUUAAUUCCUGCUAGUCUUGUUAAUUCUCCUAGGAUUCAUAGGGUUAAUUUGAGUUUGAAUUCGUUUUCGGGUUCGAUUCCUCGAAGCUUUGCUCUUUCCUCUUCCCUUAUUUUCCUUGCCCUUCAAAACAAUAACCUAUCUGGAUUAAUUCCUAGUUCUUGGGGUACCCUAAAUCUAAGGUCAUUGACCCUUGAUCAUAACUCUUUCUAUGGCAGUCUCCCACAUUCUUUGAGUAAGUUGAGUCAUCUUGAGGAGUUAUCUUUAAGUUAUAAUAAGAUUAAUGGUAGUUUGCCUAAAGAAAUCGCUGGUUUGAAGAAUUUGUCAUCCCUUAAUCUUAAGAAAAACCAUCUUACAGGAGAUAUUCCAUCCAGCAUUGGUAACCUUUCUAGGAUCAGUCUCCUUGAUUUAUCUGAAAACAAUUUCACAGGAGAGAUUCCAGCCUCACUCGAAAAUCUGUCGAAUUUGACCUCCUUUAACGUCUCCUACAACUCUUUCUCCGGCCAAGUUCCGGCCCGCCUUUCAAAGAAAUUCAACUCCUCUUCAUUUGUGGGGAACAUUCAGUUAUGUGGGUUUAGUCCUUCAACUCCAUGUAUUUCAGCAGCAUCACCUCCAGCUGAGAGCCCAUCAUUGAGUCCAUUAUCCAGUGAUGAUGAUCAUGAACCAAAGCACCACCAUAGAAGAUUGAGUACCAAGGAUAUAAUCCUCAUAAUAGUGGGAGUACUCCUUUUAAUCUUGUUUAUACUUUGCUGUGUUUUGUUGUUUUGUUUGAUCAGGAAAAGAACAGGUACUAAAGCUAGGAAUGGUAAGUCUGCUGGAGUUGAGAAGGGUUUUGCUGCUGCAGGAGGUGCUGCUGGUGCUGAUACCGGACCGAAUGGCGGUAAAUUGGUGUUGUUUGAUGGACCAUUUGUGUUCACAGCUGAUGAUUUGUUGUGUGCAACUGCUGAAAUCAUGGGGAAGAGCCCUUAUGGAACUGUGUAUAAGGCCACGCUUGAAGAUGGGAAUCAAGUAGCAGUGAAGAGGCUUAGGGAGAAGCUUGCAAAGACUCCUAAAGAGUUUGAGAUUGAAGUUGCUGCACUUGGAAGGAUUCGCCACCCGAAUCUUCUCCCCCUCAGAGCCUAUUACUUGGGACCUAAAGGAGAGAAGCUUCUGGUGUUUGAUUACAUGUCUAAGGGCAGUCUUUCUUCGUUUCUUCAUGCUAGAGGACCGGAAACCACGAUCGAUUGGCCAACGAGGAUGAAGAUAGCGAUUGGAGUAACGCGUGGAGUGAACUAUAUCCAUAACCAAGAGAACUUAGUUCAUGGAAACCUGACUUCAGGUGAUGUUUACCUAGAUGAGCAGAACAAUCCCAGAAUAUCAGACUAUGGGAUUCACAGACUGAUGACUGAUUCUGCAAACACCAAUGUGAUUGGCACAGCUGGAUCAGCAGGUUACCGCGCACCUGAGCUUCCCAAGACUAAGAAGACAACAACAAAAACCGACAUCUACAGUUUAGGGGUGAUCAUAUUAGAGCUUUUGACAGGGAAGUCACCUAAUGAGGCAGUGGAUGGUUCAGAUUUGCCUCAGUGGGUAGCAUCAACUGUUAAGGAAGAGUGGACUAAUGAGGUCUUUGAUUUGGAGUUGAUGAGAGAUGUUUCAACUACAGGUGAUGAAAUGCUUAACACAUUGAAGUUGGCCUUGCAUUUGGUUGAUCCUUUGCCUGAAGCGAGGCCGGAUGUUCAGCAGGUUCUUCAGCAGUUGGAAGAGAUUAACCCUAAACUCAUUGCUGAGACACCUGAGGAAUCUGCAGAAAAAACCCAUCACUGAUCUGAAUUCUGAAAGCUGGAAUUUUUUUGAAUUAUAUACAUACUUGUGAUAUACUAUACACUUGAUUCUUUUCUAGUUUAGGUCUUCUGUUAUAGAUGUAAUUGUUGUAUUUGGUAUAGAUGUGAAAUUUGUUAUUCUUUAAACACGAGUUAAUAAGGUCGAAAGACACAGCAAGAUGUAAUUUAAGCAAUAUUGGUUUGUUGUAUACACACCAUAAUCAAUGAAUUUGAGGUAUUUCAGUUA